AUGGCGGCGUCAAGUGGGGCAGGCGCUGGUGGAUGUGGCAGAGAAGCAGGUGGCUGGGAAGAACUGGGCGGAGUGGUGGUCAGUAUCUCUGGGGCGCCUGAUUGAGACGUGACCGCCACCCCGGAGAGACGGAUCCCAGGUUGGCUGAUGCAGGUGGGAGAGAGCCUGGAGAGUGUGUUUCCAUCCUUUGCUUCUGUAAGCUGUCACCAUGACCCUGACAAAAGGUUCCUUCACCUACUCCAGUGGGGAGGAGUAUCGUGGCGAGUGGAAGGAGGGUGAGAGGAUCCCUGAGGGCCGAAGACAUGGUUUUGGUCAACUGAUGUUUGCAGAUGGUGGCACCUACCUGGGCCACUUUGAGAAUGGGCUGUUUAAUGGCUGUGGUGUACUGACUUUCUCAGAUGGCUCAAGGUAUGAGGGAGAGUUUGCCCAGGGCAAAUUUAAUGGCGUUGGAGUCUUCAUCCGACAUGACAACAUGACCUUUGAAGGGGAAUUUAAAAAUGGCAGAGUUAAUGGUUUUGGUCUGCUGACUUUCCCUGACGGCUCUCACGGAAUACCCCGCAACGAAGGCCUGUUUGAGAAUAACAAGCUGCUGCGGCGGGAGAAGUGUUCUGCAGUGGUUCAGCGGGCUCAGAGUGCCUCCAAGUCGGCCAGAAACCUCACAGCCUGACGGUGGCACUGUCCACCCACCACAAGUACUGGGGACAGCGACGGCCCUGUCAUUCUCUCUAGGUGAACAAAAUGAUGGGGAGCUGAGAGUGACCAUGGAGCAGAUGCCCUGUGAUGCGCCCUGAGAGUCGGGUUCAGUCACAGAGACGUCUCAAGGAUGCUGGCCCCUCGGUCCUGCAGCAAGCCGCCGGCAGCUCUGUCUCUCCCUCUCAUCACCUGUUGGUUCUCUCUGUUCCUAACAUCUUGCAUUACCUAGUGCAGACCUGCCGUUGCCUUCUAUGUCACUUUCUGCGUGCACACAGAACCUCUUCAUCCUGCCUACACUGGGAGCAGGUGACCCUCGCGCUGACAUAGGGCUUGUGUUUCACACGACCCUGGAGAACUAAGGAAAAAUAUAGGGGUGGCUUGGACAGCACAGCAGUCCUGUGAAAACCCUUCUUAUCCCAUUCACUGCUGGCUCCAGGCCUUGCUCUUGGUCUGGUCAAACUGUCAUUUGUCUCUACUACCCUCUCUCCCCCCAAAGGAUUGAAUCACUAAUCCUUGACUUUCCAAGCUGUCUUCCUGAGUCACAGCAGAUAACCCCCGUGUGUGCCUCUUUCCUCCCUUAGGCAUGGAAAAGGAUCCCUGGAUGGGCUAGUCAAGGACAAAACUGAUCAUCUUAUUACUUGUAUUUACUUCUCACUCCAGAGCAAGGGGCAGACAUAACUGGGCCACCCCAGGUGCCAUCACAGAGUGAAUUGACUCCUUAGUUUAGGCAGACACAGUUCCUUCCCCCUGGACCAGCAGGUCAGACCCACCUCUAUCAUUUAGGGUUUAGUCAAAUUAGAUCCAUCCUGUAGUGAACUUAAAAGAGCUUUUGGCUCCCUGUACCAGACCUUUUUUUGUACCAUGAGCCUUGACUGCCAAGCCUGGGGUUAAUGACUGAUCAUUUGACUGAUGGAAACCCUUUACAGUUUAUCAUGGAGGCCUCCAGUUACCUUGCAAUACAAACAUACCCCACCCAGCCCCUUGUCCCCACUCCAGAUGUCUCCUCAACAGCAGAUCAUGGUGGAAAUCAUAGCUGUGUGCCUCUAUUUAUUCUUUGAAUUGUACUGUAGAAACACGUGUUGAUAAGGAAUAAAGAAAUCACUAGAACUGCC